AUGGGCUUGCUCUGCUUCUGGCUGCUUGUUCUGUGCCUCCCUCCUAUGGAUUCCUUUGAGCUCCCUCGGCGGGACUCCUCGAGAGAUGCGGACAUUGAAAUGGGAAUGCAUCAGGCUGAUGCUUCAGACAACUUAAAAGAUUUCUUGAAGAAGGUCGAUGCAAUUGAGAGUUUAAUUGCAAAGCUGACAAAUCUAUUGAAUAAGCUCCAGACUGCAAAUGAGGAAUCCAAAGCAGUUACAAAAGCAAGUUCCAUGAAAGCAAUUAAGCAGAGGAUGGAGAAAGAUAUUGAUGAAGUGGGGAAAAUUGCUCGUCAGGCAAAGACAAAAGUUGAUGAACUGGAAAAAGAUAACUUAUCGAAUAGGCAAAAACCAGGAUGUGGAAAGGGUUCUGCCGUGGACCGAUCAAGAGAGCAAACUACUGGAGCAGUGAAAAAGAAAUUGAAGGAGCGGAUGGAUGAUUUUCAGACCUUGAGAGAAGCAAUCAGGCAAGAGUAUCGGGAGGUUGUUGAAAGAAGGGUUUUUACUGUAACUGGUAAUCGCCCUGAUGAAGAGACAAUUGAUGACUUGAUAGAGACCGGAAAAAUACUGGACACAGUUGCAGAAAUACAGGAGCGACAUGAUGCUGUAAGGGAUCUAGAGAGGAAGCUUUUGGAGUUGCAACAGAUAUUCAUGGACAUGGCAGUUCUUGUUGAGGCUCAAGGAGACAUGAUCAACAACAUCGAGACACAUGUCUCGAACGCCACCAAUCACAUACAGCAUGGCGUGACCGCACUCCAGAAUGCGAAGAAACUGCAGAAGAAUUCGAGGAAGUGGAUGUGCUAUGCCAUCAUCCUACUGCUGGUGAUAGUGGUGGUCAUUGUCGUCGCAGUCAUCCAGCCAUGGAAGAAGGGCUAG